AAAGCAAAAACACUGUUUGAGAGAGAGAGAGAGAGAAUGGCAAUUUCCGUGACCCCAGAGGCGGUCUCGACUAUACUAUCAAACCCGUCGCCGGAAUCUUCCUCUGAUGUUCCGGAUCUCGUUGUCCAAGUUGUUGAUCUCAAGGCCACCGGUACUUCGGGUAAUCGUUUCAUGUUUUCAGCUAGCGAUGGAGAGAGGAAGCUAAGAGCGAUUCUGCCAUCGAAUAUGAGUACUGAAGUGAUGUCGGGAAAUAUUCAAAACCUGGGUCUCAUCCGCAUCCUUGAUUAUACUCUCAAUGACAUUCCGAAUAAGCCUGAUAAAUACCUAAUUGUCACCAAAUGCGAGGUAGUUUCCCCUCCGCUCGAAAUGGAGAUCAAAACUGAGGUCAAGCUAGAAACGGAGAUUAAGUCCGAGUGCCGGAGUGAGGGAACUGGCAUUUUGUUGAAACCAAAGCAAGAAAAUGAGAUAAAGACUGAGAUGAAAAGUGAAGGACCUGGCAUUCUUUUGAAGACAAAGCAGGAGAUCGUUGCAAAAUCAGCUGCUCAGAUAGUACACGAGCAACGGGAGAAUAUGGCCCCAGCUGCGCGGAUGUCCAUGACUCGAAGAGUUUUUCCUUUGGUAUCCUUGAACCCAUACCAAGGCAGUUGGACCAUAAAGGUUCGUGUUACAAGCAAAGGGAAUAUGCGUACAUAUAAGAAUGCUAGAGGAGAAGGCUGUGUCUUCAACGUGGAGUUAACAGAUGAAGAAGGCACACAGAUACAAGCAACAAUGUUCAAUGAAGCUGCAAAGAAAUUCUUUGACAGGUUUCAAUUAGGGAAGGUUUAUUAUAUUUCAAGGGGAACUCUAAAACUUGCCAACAAGCAGUUUAAGACAGUGAAAAAUGAUUAUGAGAUGACCUUGAAUGAGAAUUCAGAGGUAGAAGAGGCUGGCAAUGAAGAAGCUUUUGUUCCUGAAACAAAAUUCAAUUUUGUCCAGAUCGAUCAGUUAGGUCCUUAUGUCAAUGCUAACGAGCUUGUGGAUAUUAUUGGAGUUGUUCAAAAUGUGUCUCCUACAAUGAGCAUUCGGAGGAAGAGUAACAAUGAGACAAUCCCAAAGCGUGAUAUUACUGUUGCUGAUGAGACGAAAAAGACAGUUGUGGUCUCCUUGUGGAAUGAGCAUGCAACUAACUUAGGGCAGGAAUUGUUGGAUAUUGCUGAGAAAUCUCCUAUCGUUGCAAUUAAGUCCCUAAAAGUUGGGGACUUUCAAGGCGUAUCUUUGUCAGCGAUUAGCAAAAGUAUAGUACUUGUAGAUCCAGAUAUACCAGAAGCAAAGAAGUUGAGAUCCUGGUAUGAUUCCGAGGGUAAAGAAAGUUCAAUGGCUUCUGUCAGCUCUGGUAUGAGCCCAUCAUCAAGGAACGGAUCGAGGUCAAUGUACUCGGACCGAGUCUCCAUUUCUUAUAUCACCAAAAACCCAUCCUUGGGCGAGGACAAGCCUGUGUUUUUCAGCAUUAGAGGAUAUAUCAGCUUCAUCAGGCCUGAUCAAACGAUGUGGUACCGUGCUUGCAAAACUUGCAGCAAAAAAGUGACAGAGGCUUUGGGGUCUGGGUAUUGGUGUGAAGGGUGCCAGAAAAAUGAGGAAGAGUGCAGAUUAAGGUACAUAAUGGUGGUCAAAAUUUCUGAUGGGAGUGGUGAAGCAUAUUUCUCUACUUUUAAUGAAGAAGCGGAGAAAAUUGUUGGGUGCUCUGCCGAUGAACUGGAUAAGCUGAAAUCCCAGAUGGAAGAAGAGAAUUCAUACCAACUGAAACUGAAACAAGCUACAUGGAAUCCUUAUCUUUUCCGGGUUAGUGUUGCUCAGCACGAGUACAAUAACGACAAGAAGCAGAGGAUCACAGUCCGGGCUGUUGCUCCAGUUGAUUUUGCUGCUGAAUCAAGAUUUUUACUGGAAGAGAUAUCCAAGAUGAGAGUUCCUAAAUAGGGUGACUUAGAUUAUUAGUAUUAUUAUGCUGUUUUGGUAAUAGUCCUUCACAUCAAUCUAAAUCUUAGGAACAGUUUCUUAAUCGAAUGCUGAUAAGACUAAUCUUUAUUUGCUUAAAAGUGUUGGCUGUCACACCAUUGCUUGUAAAAUAUUUCCUUUCAGGUGUAUGAUAUGGGUGCCUUUUUGUCUUCGGAUUAUCCUGCUAUAGAUUUCUAUCACAAAUGUCCUGAUAUAAUGUUUAA